AUGUCGAAUGCGCCCGCACGGUGGUGCCCGCGCUGCCAGGCCGCGAGAUGUGCUCUCGCGCUGCUCGCACUCGCGCCCGCGCUCCCGGUGCUCGCCGCGCCCGCAGCGCCGUCGCUGCAUGAGCACGCCAGACGAGAUGCGGGACCCGCCGCUGUUGCGAUAUGGGAGACGGCACAGGGCGCGUGGGACUUGUAUCCCUCCACCCGCUCCAGCAGCAUAACAGAGUGUAUUCCUGCCAUACGGACGACUGUAAAGUCGGGCUACGAAGCCUGCCGUAGUUUUCUGGUCGGAGCUUUGGCAUUUCUGUCAUACUUGAGCACAUUUGAAAUCCACUUCCUCUCCAAAUGUCCAAUAUCCUCGUGCUCCACCGUCGUACUAACGGCCUCCGUCCAGAUCCCGAUUCUGGGCGCCAUCGUCGUGGUCAUAGCGGGCUCUGCGAUCUACUACCGCCUCCACCAUCCACGCCCCCAGCCAACGACAGCAACCCGCACUGCCCAGGCACAAACAACAACAACGAGCGCGCCGACGCUCGCGACCCGCCUGCGGACGUGGAGCUCGCGCCCGGUGAUGGUGCGCGGCGCAGGCCAGCAGCCGCGCGAGCUCACCGCCGAGCAGCUUGCCGGGGGCGCGAUACCGGGGCGCCGCCGGAGGGGCCCGGGCAGCGCGACGGCAUCGAUGCGCUCGACGCGGUCGCUGCCGCUGUACAUGAAGGAGCCGGGCGAGCAGGAAGAGCAGCGUGGCGCAGCCCUCUUCCUCGUCAGAGCCCGUCUCGCACCCGGCAUCGUCGACUCGAUUCGGUGCCUGCCCUCGUUGGAGCAACUGGUUUCCGGGACGGGCGAAGCCUGA